UUGUGGAGGCCUCUUCUGCAAGCAAGGUUGUGAGAACUUUACAUGACGGUUAUGAUUACAAGUUCGUCAGACUACGACGCUGAUACCUGCAGAUAAGUCUCUCGCUGGCACUGGCGAUAAGAUACGCACGCCACCAUCACCGGUCAGAGCAUUAUGGUUCUUAAGUCACGAGAGCACUGGGCUACGAGGGUCUCGACGCGCCGCUGCAUGCUGGUGAAGCCACUGGUGGAGACAAACGUGGGUCUGGCGGUGCGAAGUGAGGGGAUCGGUUCUCUGCAGUCGCUGACAAGGCAGAGGCGAGGCAGGGGUGUGGCAGGAGCACCCAGGGGCGGCAAGGUUUAUCAUGUGGGAAAGCGACCCUUCAGAGACAUCAGCCAUAUGGGCCGAGGGGUGGACCAGCGUGGCCGACGACGCCUACAACAGCUCAGCGACGGAGGAAGAGGGGCCUCAGGAGUUACCGCUGUGGCUUGUGAGGCUGGACCAGGCGGCCAUGCUGCUGUUUACCUUCAACACAGUCAUCCUCAUGUUGGGCAUGGGUGCUACCACCUACUGGAAAGAGUUCUGGGAACACCUCAAGCAGCCCUGGGCUUGUCUCGUCGGGAUGGCUUGUCAGUUUGCUCUCCUCCCCGCCGUGGGCUUCGGCCUGUGCCUCGCAUUCCAGCUGCCGCCCUACGAAGCUCUUGCCGUCCUCAUUCUGGCCUGCAGCCCAGGUGGUGCUUUCUCAAACUUCUUCACCUACUGGAUUAAUGGCGACCUCGCUCUAAGCAUCAUCAUGACGGCGUUGUCCUCCUUGCUGGCGUUCGGGGUGAUGCCGCUCAACGUGUGGCUCUACUCCCGCGGCUGGACGGAGCAAGAGCUGCAGGUGCCCUACGUCAACAUCCUCGUCAGUCUGGUCUUCAUGACGCUGCCAGUCCUCGCCGGGAUGCUCGUGCGACACCACAGCAGGAAGUGGGCCAGUUAUAUGUCCAAGGUGUGCAGCUUGUUGGGGUGGGCCGGCGCCGUCACCUGCGGCGUGCUGCUCGUCCUCAGGUACUGGGACAUAAUCAGCAAGUCCUCCAUCUUCCUGGUUGCCACCGCCGCACUCCUGCCGUGCUCCGGGUUCCUGAUGGCUUACAUCAUUACCAAAGUGUUCUGUUUUAGCCACAAGAUCUGCCGGACGGUGGCCGUCGAGAUAGAGUGCCAGAACAUGGUAGUGGCGAUCAACAUCAUCCUACUCUCCUUCACUGACCCCCAGGUUCGGGGACGUAUGGUGCUGUUUCCUGUGCUGUACGGGCUGUGUCAGCUGGCUGAGGUCUUCGUGGCCAUCGGGCUGUUUCAGGCGUGGGUCUUCGCACACCGACAUGACGUGACGGAGGAAGCCACAACCUCUGUCGUGGACACGUCCGUGCUCACCAGCAUCCCUGUCCCCGCCCACAAAGACUCCCCGGCGCGGGGGGUCCAGGUGGUGGAAUAUGCGCCGACUCCCGACGUGUGUGGCGGCCCAGUCCAGCCUCCUAGCCUCAUGCAAACGCUAGGGUACAGCCGGCGCCCACAUCAUGAGGAGUGGAAUGGCCCUGCAGAGACCCAAUCUCUCCUAACAAGCCCCCUGAACCCUCAAGCCUCAAAUGCACAAUGGAACCACUCCUUGCCUGGCCUUCCACCCACCCCCGGCCUGCACGCCAGCCAAGACCACCACAACGCUAACACACACUACCCGCAUUGGGGCUCAACGGACCUCUAUCCGUCCUCUGAUGGCGUGCUGGAGUCAGCCCGCAGCUUCGACUCUGACAGCCCUUGCAGCCCCACCCUCAGCAACAGGGGAGUCCCCAACAUGUUCCCCGUGGCGGAGAGUGACUUCACUACUGACUUCCAGAGCGACUUCCCGAGUGACUUCCUGAGUGACUUCCCCUCAGAGCGGGAGGACUCUCCUCCCCCCUACGGCAGCCCCAUCCCGUCCCACCGCGGCAGGCCGCUGGACCCAGCAACAGUGGAAUGUCAGGCAGCGGCUGAAGGAGGCACUUCGACCAGCGCCACGCCCACGUCCCCUCGCAGCCCAGAGCCCUGUCCCCGCCCCUUCGCCUUUUACCACCGUGACGUCCGCCUAGGCCAGACGCAGCAGUUCAGUACGUUUGGGAGAAGGUAGCAACGGUAGCAACGCCGCUGGGAAUAACAGGAAAAGGGGCGCCUAUUCCAAAUCUAUGUAAUUUGAAUAAUUUAUAGUAUAGUUUGAUUUCUUUUUUACAUUAAACGUACGUAAUUGGG